AUGCCCGCUCUCGUCGAACACGACGCUCCUCCAGGACGUCUGCUUCUGCUGUCUAACCGUCUACCCAUCACAAUCAAGCGCUCCGAUGAUGGGAAUUACACUUUCUCCAUGUCCUCCGGCGGCCUGGUCACCGGGUUGAGUGGUCUCUCCAAAACCACCAGCUUCCAGUGGUAUGGUUGGCCUGGCCUGGAGGUUCCCGAGGCCGAGAUUCCAGGAAUGAAACAGCGUCUCAAGGACGAGUACGAUGCUCAUCCCGUGUUCAUUGACGACGACCUGGCCGAUCGCCACUACAAUGGCUUCUCAAACUCCAUCCUCUGGCCACUCUUUCACUACCACCCUGGUGAGAUCACCUUCGACGAAAAUGCCUGGAGCGCCUACCAGGAGGUGAACCGCCUCUUCGCCAAGACAGUCAUCAAGGACGUCCAAGAUGGCGACAUGAUCUGGGUCCACGACUACCACCUGAUGCUCCUCCCAGAGAUGCUGCGUGAGGAGAUUGGCGACACGAAAAAGAAUGUCAAGAUUGGGUUCUUCCUCCACACUCCGUUCCCCAGCUCCGAAGUCUAUCGUAUCCUGCCAGUCCGCGAGGCACUCCUCGUCGGCAUUCUUCACUGCGAUCUGAUCGGCUUCCAUACCUACGACUAUGCCCGCCACUUCCUGUCGUCCUGCUCCCGUAUCCUAUCCGCUCCGACCACGCCCAACGGCGUCGAAUUCAACGGCCGCUUCGUCUCCGUCGGUGCUUUCCCCAUUGGCAUCGACCCCGAAAAGUUCGUCGAGGGGCUCAAGAAGCCCGUCGUCCAGCGGAGAAUCGAGGCCCUGUCCAGGAAGUUCGAGGGCGUCAAGCUGAUUGUUAGCGUCGACCGUCUCGAUUACAUCAAGGGCAUUCCCCAGAAGCUCCACGCCCUUGAGGUUUUCCUUACCGAGCAUCCGGAGUGGAUCGGAAAGAUCGUCCUCGUCCAGGUUGCCGUCCCAUCCCGCCAGGACGUGGAGGAGUACCAGAACCUGCGGGCGGUCGUCAACGAGCUUGUGGGGCGCAUUAAUGGUCGUUUCGGCACCAUCGAGUUCAUGCCGAUCCAUUUUCUCCACCAGUCCGUCUCUUUCGACGAACUCACCGCCCUCUAUGCCGUCUCCGACGUCUGCCUCGUGUCCUCUACCCGCGACGGCAUGAACCUGGUCUCCUACGAGUACAUCGCAACCCAGCGUGAGCGCCACGGCGUCAUGAUCCUCUCCGAAUUCACCGGCGCCGCCCAAUCCCUGUCCGGGUCUCUCAUCGUCAACCCCUGGAACACCGAGGAGCUCGCCAACGCCAUCCGCGACGCCGUCACCAUGACCCCCGAGCAGCGCGAGGCCAACUUCAAGAAGCUGGAGCGCUACGUCUUCAAGUACACCUCGGCCUGGUGGGGCCAGUCCUUCGUGGCCGAGCUCACGCGCCUCUCCGACGCCGCCCGCCCGAAGACGCUGCGCAACAUCAGCGGCAACGUCGUCGCCUCGGGUGUCAGCGCCAUCACUGGCGCACUUGAAAACACCGUAAAACCCGCUGCUGCUGUCGCUGCCUCCUCUGUGAAGAAUGCUGCCGCCGCUGAUCCCGCCGAUGAUACUAAUAAGGAAGGUGCCGAUGCGUGA